AUUAUAACAAAGCGCACUCUCUGUCUCUCUCUCUAUCUGUCUUUUCUCUUCUCUCUCCUAGUGAAUAAAAAUAGCAUAUCUUUGGAAAAUGCGUUUGGGGAGUAGUUAUAUAUGUAAGAAUAAAUAAAGAAGUAAGUAGAGUUGUUAUUAGUAUCAAAGGUCAGUAGUGUGUGUAUAGCAAUGGGGAGGCUGUUGAAUUACUUGCUUCUUCUUCUUCUUCUUGUUCUACUGGUGGUGGUGUUACAAGUAAACUUGACAUGUGCUGGUGGUGAAGAUAGUAGUAGUAGUAGUAGUAGUAGUAGUAGUAGUAGUAGUGCUUUGUUUAUCUUUGGAGACUCAACAGUGGAUCCAGGGAACAAUAACUACAUAGAGACAGUACCAGAAAAUAGAGCAAACCACAAGCCUUAUGGUCAGAAUGGCUUCUUUCAGCAAUCCCCUCCUACCGGUCGCUUCUCCGAUGGCCGGGUCAUCGUUGACUUUAUUGCUGAAUAUGCAAAGUUGCCCCUGAUCCCUCCAUUCUUGGAACCAUCUGCGGAAUAUGUCAAUGGUGUCAACUUUGGCUCUGGAGGUGCUGGCAUCCUUUCUGAGACCAAUCAGGGUUUGGUGAUUGAUCUGAAGACACAAUUGAAGAAUUUUGAAGCGGUGGAAAAAGCAUUAACAGAGAAGUUAGGAGAAAAGGGAGCUAAGAAGUUGAUAUCAGAAGCUGUUUAUUUCAUUAGCAUUGGAAGUAAUGAUUAUAUGGGUGGUUACUUGGUCAAUCCAACAAUGCAACAACUACAUCACCCUGAAGAAUAUGUUGGGAUGGUCAUUGGGAACUUGACACAAGCAAUCCAGGAAUUGUAUGAGAAAGGGGGUAGAAAAUUUGGGUUUCUAAGCCUAUCACCUUUGGGUUGCUUACCAGCACUGAGAGCAGCAAACCCUAAAGGCAAUGAAGAAGGAGGUUGUUUUGAAGAAGCCUGUGCCCUAGCACUAGCACAUAAUAAUGCUCUCAAAGCUGUCCUCACCAGCCUUGAACAUCUAUUUAAAGGUUUCAAGUAUUGCAACUCCAAUUUCUAUGUCUGGCUUGAAGAUAGAAUUAAUAAUCCUUCUAAGUAUGGGUUCAAGGAAGGGAUGAAUGCAUGUUGCGGAACAGGACCCUUUAGGGGUUUAUUCACAUGUGGAGGAACAAACAAGGUGACAGAUUACCAAUUAUGUGAUAAUGCAGAUGAUUAUGUAUGGUGGGAUUCUUUUCAUCCAACAGAGAGGAUCCAUGAGCAAUUUGCAAAGGCUCUCUGGGAUGGACCCCUUGACUAUGUUGGACCAUACAACCUUCAACAACUCUUCUUCUUCAACAAGCUCACCAGUAUUGCUGACUUGGUUGAUGAUCCUGAAUCAGAUACUCAGCAGAUUUACUAAUACAUAAUUAGCAACAUGUAACCCCUAAUGCCAAAGAGAAUGUUACCACUUUGAACUUGUUUAAAUAAAAUAUUUCUAUGGUCAAAUAUGUGUUUUGUGUUGGUUUGGUUCUCAAAGUUUUGACUUUGUCAAUUUAGUCCUAAAAACGUUUUAGUUUGAGUCAAAUUGAUUCAAUUUCAAACAGUGCAUUAAAAUUGUUAAUGAAAUGGUACUACAACAUUUUGUUACUAAUUUUAUCAGCUUGUUUGAAAUUGGGUCGAUUUGACUCAAAUUAAAAAUUUAUGAAAUAAAUUGACAAAAUUGAAACUUGAAGGAUCAAAAUGACACGUAACAUAUGGCUUAAGGACUAUAUGUGUAUUUUACACUUUUGUAUUAUUAUGGAAAUGUUGUUUGUGACCUAGGGUCAUGGGUUCGAAACACAAAAGUUUGUAUACAUGUGUGGGAUAAGAUUGCAAACAUCUAAUCCUUCUCAGGCCUUACAAUAGUAGGCAUUGGGCUUCAUUUUAAGCCAUGCUUAAUUGUGUAGUAAAUAAAUCUAUGCGUUCAUGAUACACAUA